AUGAGACUCAUGAACCUUUCGGCUGCCCUUCUGGGCGCCUUGUCUGCGCCAUCAGUGGUCGCUGGCAAGCAACACGGUCACCGUCACAAUGGUCUUGAGCACUUGCGACAACAUCUUCCCGUUCAGUCUUCGACUCUUGAGAAGCGUGGUGGACAAUGCCAGUUCCCUACCGAUGACCCCAACAUGGUCGCGGUCACUCCCGAUGCGAAGAACGCCGGUUGGGCUAUGAGCCCCGAUCAGGAGUGCAAGCCUGGAUCUUACUGCCCUUUCGCCUGCAAGCCCGGUAUGGUUAUGAACCAAUGGGAUCCGGAUUCCACUUAUGAGUAUCCCGCUUCAAUGAACGGAGGUCUCUUCUGUAACAAGAACGGUGAAAUUGAGAAGCCUUUCAAGGGCAAGCCCAACUGUGUUUCUGGUACUGGUUCCAUUGAGGCCGUCAACAAGUGUGGCUCAAAGAUGUCUUGGUGCCAGACUGUUCUGCCUGGUAACGAGGCUAUGCUUAUCCCUACUCUUGUCACAUCUAGUGCAACUCUGGCUGUUCCCGGAUCUUCGUACUGGUGCUCCACCGCUGCUCACUUCUACAUCAACCCCCCUGGUACUGGUGAGGAGGGCUGCAUCUGGGGUACCGAGUCUGAGCCCAUUGGUAACUGGAGCCCUUACGUUGCCGGUGCUAACACUGAGGCCAACGGCCAGACCUUUGUCAAGAUUGGCUGGAACCCUAUCUGGGAGGACUCAGCUCUGAAGAGCAAGCUGCCUGACUUUGGUGUUGAGAUUCAGUGCCCCGAGGGUGGCUGCAAUGGCCUUCCUUGCAAGAUCGACCCUACCAAAGGUGAGGGUAACGUUGGCAGCAGCCUUUCCGCUAAGGGUGCUGGCGGCGCUGCCUUCUGUGUCGUUACCGUGCAGAAGGGCAGCACUGCUCAGAUCGUUGCCUUCUCUGCAGGCAAAGGCUCAUCCGGCGGUGAUGACGAUGAGGAAGAGACCGAGUCUUCUACCGCUGAGGCUGAGCCCUCUACCACCGAGGCUAAGACCACUUCCAAGGCACCCGUUGUCUCUACCACUGAGGAGCCUUCGACAACCGCUGAGCCCACCACUUCGGCACUCCCUACUACCACUUCCUCCACCUCCACCUCCACCUCUACUACUAGUGUUGAGACUACCUCUUCUGCUGAGUCUAGCAGCACCACCGAGCAAGAGACUUCCUCCGAGACCACCACCGAGGAGCCUACCUCAACCAUCUUCACCACUGCUACUUCUAAGACCACCAAGAAGGUCUACCCUACUGUCAAGCCUGGUAUCUUCCGUGAGAACGGAACCUCUACCUACUCUUCCUCCGAGUCCGAGGAGACCGCUGCCGCCACUGAGGUCGACUCUGGAGCGGCUCCCACUCAGUCCAAGGAAAGCGAGGCUGGUCGCCAUCAAGGCAACACUGCUAUCGCUGGCCUUGUCGUCGCAUUCAUCGCCGCCGCUUGUUUCUUCUAA